GUGGCUAGAGCGGCGGGAGGCCCGCUCGGUGCGGCUGGCUGGCUGGCGGGGCAAUAUGGAGGAGGGGGUGUACCGGGCCGUGUCCGGGGGCCGCAUCGCGCUGCAGCGCCGCCAGUACAGCGCCUCCUGCCGGGAGUUCUCGGUGCGCUGCCCCCGGCUGCAGCUGCGCUCGCUGAGCGCCGCUACCUGCUCCGUCUGGCUGGCGGCUUAUGGGCUCUUCGUGCUCAGCCAGAACAGCAUGGUGCUCUCAGCUGCUAUAUUUAUCACCCUGAUUGGCUUGAUCGUGUACCUGCACUUUGUGAAAAUUGACCACGAGUCCCUGUUAGUCAUUGGCUCACUUGGCAUCCAGAUGACCUCAUCCUAUGCUUCGGGCAAAGAGAAUACAACCUUCAUUGAAAUGAGCCAAGUGAAGGACGUGGUCAUCAAUGAGGCCAUCUAUAUGCAAAAAGUUAUCUAUUACCUGUGCAUCCUUCUCCAAGAUCCUGGGGAACCUCAUGGGGUGUCUGAGGUGGUGCCGCUCUUUCAGGCUAUACAGUGCUGCCACCAGUAGAGUCUCAGCUACCCACGUCAAAGGUUCUGGUAAGGAGGUACUCUGAAGUAAGUGGAUGGUCUCUGCCUUUUUUACCCAAUGACAAUCAAAGGUAUUGAAACAGAAGUGGUGAGCUGAGACCUCUGCUUAACAUUACCUUCUUUCCUCUCUUCUCUGCCCAUUUAUUUGUACGAUCCACUCGUUGUGACUUGUCGUAACCUAGGUUAUGAGCUCUUUGGGGUUGGGAAUUUCUUUUUACUGUUUGACUCUGUACGGUGCCUAACACAGUGGGUUUUCCUUUCACGUUCCUAGGCACUACUGAAGUACAAAUAUAGUAAUAACAAAUUUUUGUAUACUUUGUAUAAUGUAAUGACUCUACAGCCUUCUCUACCUGUGAAAAUUACCUACUGCUGAGUGUCAGGUUUUAGCCAUGGUUUCUGAAUCACUACUGAACACAAUUUGUCAAUGGCUACACACAGCUAAAUUGCAUUCAGCUGCACGUGUUGCUGAUGAUAGGCAAAGAUCUCAAAGAUACUUACAAAUGUUAAUGAAUUAAACUUCUUCAAAUCCAAUGUCACUUGCAAUGAGUGAAUUCCUUACAGCUCCACUGAGAAUCCUGGCAUCGGACUGUGAUCUCAGCUGCCUCUAUUCAUUGCCAAUGCCAAGGGAUAGGCUUGUAUUUGGGUGUGGUUUCUCGCAUCCACCCAACUCUGAACAAUGCUACUUUCAAGGGUAUACUCUGAUACUUGUAUUUGAUUCUCCUUUAACCACUCACUACCAAGGACCUAGGAAAGAGGAUGCUUUAGUCUGAAAUGCAGUACCCCUCAAAAAUUCUCACCUAAGACAAUCUGACAUGCUCACUUGAGGGUGUAUUCACAGAUACUUUAACAGGAGCAGUAACCUCUUGUUGCCUCCACUGUACAGUCUUUAUUUCUCUCUGUUAUGCCAACUUUAGAGAAGGCAAUUUUAAUGAAUAUCAUCUGACGGAGCCCGUUAACACAUCUGCACUGACCUGACCUAUUGUUCUCUCAAGCUGCCAUUGGCAACAUUUACAAAGAUAACUUUUAGGUGGACUUCAUACUACACUGCUGUUUUGGGAGCUCAAAAGUCAUAAAACCCUGGGGGACUAGAUGACUCAGAAGGUUAGGAAUGGGAUACAGAACCUUUCACCUCUCUGUUGGCUUUAAUCUGACCCAGGUCAGUAGUGACAAAAAAUCAUUAUCCUUUGACUGCCAUUUAGUGAUUAUGUGGAAUGAAUUGGUGGUUUCAGUCCACGUCCUCUCCUCUUGUGGACAGUAGUAGAAGAGGCUAAGCACUGUGGAGUCUGAACUCCCCUUUCUUAAAGGUAGAUCCUCCAGGGCAGGAUCCAGAUACAUUGGGUCAAUAUGAGGAAAGCUGCUUCUUAUGGUAAAUAGAGGAGGAGUAAUAUAUGGGGGUAACGAUUAGGUUAUGGGUCUGAGAAUCAGGACACCUGGGUUUUAUUCCACAGUCAGAGACUGAUUUGCUUUUUGAAAAAUCCUCUCACCCUCUGUGUGCUUCAGUCUUACCUAUCUGCAGAAUGUAGAACAACACUUAACCAUUUUUAUAAAGUACUUUGAGAUCCUUGGAUGACAGGUGCUGUAUAAAUGCCAGUAAGUAAUAGUAUUCUAUUUCCUCAUCAUAAGUGAUAUUUGGACCAUGUGGAUGUUUUGCAGCUAUGGCAUUGAUGGCUUAUUAUAAGGGGGUCAAGGCUGGGAAGCACAGACUAACAAAAUGUCAAAAAGGUAACAAUAACAUAAUACUCUUGGUGGAAUGCAUUUUGGCAUUACAUAUUAUAUACACCAGCAUCAUAGUGCUCAGUAUGAUAUAUGUACAAGGCCAAUAAAAAGAAGCUGUAGAGAUCUCACCAAAUCCCCGUUUACUGAGUUAUAGUUAAAGCCCAAGGACCACUGAGGCUUAGCAAAGGUUCAUUAGUAACUUGCCAGGAACCUGAAAGCCACACUUGAUUAGUGAGCCAAUUGCAGUAGUGCCCUUCUUUAUUAUGGAGGUAUUUCUAUCUCCUGUCAACCAGGUCCUUCUGGUUUCUCUGUAAAUACUCCAAGUACUGACAGUGGACGAUUGCUCUCUGUCUCAUGUCACAUAAUUUGUUCCCCACCCUCUCAUGAGAUAUAUAUGUGUUUCACCUGUAACAAAUGUAUGUAUUAGCAUGUGCAGUCAAAUUUUUUCUUUUCCCUGCAUCUGGCACUGAUUUACUGGGCUAAAUUAAGCCAUUGAAUUUAGCAAUUACCCCUCCUCAUACCAACGUUCAGUUUGGACAAGUCCUCUGAAUAAAAUCAGUUUAUUCGUCAAUGAAAAAGAUACGCUUACUUUGAAGAGUAUUGUGAGGCUUAAUUAGUUUACAAAGCCCUUUGAGAACUUCUGAAAAAAUGUUACUAUUAUAUUAUUACUGAAAAGUCAAGGAAUUUUAAACUGGAAAAAUGUUACUGUUAUAUUGUUGGUGAGAUUGGGAAGUUCAAAGUUGUGGUUCCUGUGACAAUUGUAAUUCUGUCCUGUUGCACAUGUAUAUUGAGGCAUUAAAUUAAAGCUCAGAUUUAGUAAUACAGAAUGCUAUAUGUACAAAGGAUAAAAGUUACAGUUUCUGUGUGACCCAUCAACUUGAAUAUUCUAGCCUCUGGGUGUUUAAAACCUCAACCAUAACUUUGCAUUAACUUAAAGAACAAAGUGGAUGUCCUGUUCCUUAAAGGGACUGCAUUGACAGCCUUGAGGACUGAAGUCCUCUAACCACAGUACAGGUACAGCACAGGCUAUGUUCAUGCAAUCAUUCCCCUCCAAUCUGCCUCAGCCCUUCCUUGGAGCCUGAUGGAUCACCUCGAGUUGUAUGGAUACAAGAGGAGUUCACUCUAUAGAGUCAUCAUCUUGCUUCAGAAAAAUAAUCUACUGCAGAUGCCUUGCUUUUGAGUUCCCUUUAUAUCCAUGCCAAUGGUAGCUUGCUUUGUGUGAGCCUUCUUCCCGCUCCUUCCUCCAUCUGACAAAUGUUACUGUGGAUGAAUAUUAAAACUCUUACCUCUUCAGCAACUAGCCCAGAGCCUGACUGUUUUUCCUUG